AUGGGUGAGAAAGAGAACCCAAUAGUCUUUUUUGAUAUUUCUAUAGGUGGACAACCAGCUGGUCGAAUGAAAAUGGAACUAUUUGCCGAUGUUGUGCCCAAGACAGCAGAAAACUUUAGACAACUUUGUACAGGAGAAUACAAAAAAAAUGGAGUUCCACAAGGAUACAAAGUUAUAAAAGAUUUUAUGGUUCAAGGGGGAGAUUUUAUAAAAGGGGAUGGAACUGGAUCAUUUAGUAUUUAUGGUGAAAAAUUUCCAGAUGAAAAUUUUGAAUUAAAACAUACAGGACCAGGACUUCUUUCAAUGGCAAAUAGUGGAUUAAAUACAAAUGGGUGUCAGUUUUUUAUCACCUGUGCAAAAUGUGAUUUUUUGGAUGGAAAGCAUGUAGUCUUUGGGAAACUAAUUGAUGGAUUGCUUACAUUGAGAAAAAUUGAAAAUGUUUCAACUGGACCUGGAAAUCGACCAAAAUUACCUGUUGUCAUAACAGAAUGUGGACAAUACUAA